CGCCAGGAGACGCACCAGGGCACCUCGUCGCGCUCGGCCCGGCCCGCUGCGCCGCAGCACCGUGUGUACCUGCUCAACUGCCGCGGCUGUGGCCUGCUGCUCUCGAACCGGGGCAUGAAGGCCGUGCUGCUCCUCCGGCCCAACAUCACGCUCUACUCGACCGACGCGCUGCCGGCCAACUGUCGGCCUGUGUACCAGCAGCAGGGCAUCGGCUCCGCACAGGAGCCGGCCGUGCAGCGCACCUGCGACUGCCUCACACAGAGCCUCGGCUGCAACGGCUGUGGCUCGCAGAUCGGCUACAUGAUCCUCGCGCCGUGCGACCGCUGCAACAACAGCGUCGCAAAGCACCAGCGCAGCUCCAACGGCCACCGCACCGUUCUGCACUGCUCCGAGAUCACUGUGCGCGAGCGGCGCUACGUGCCCGGCGAGGCCGGCGUG